GAAACACAGGAACAUGGGUCGAGAAAGAGGCGCAUGUGUAGUAAUAUUCCUUCCCUCUCCAUUCAGUAGUGCCCCCUCCCAUCCUGUGCACUGUGGAGCAUUUCUAGUGCCGGACCACCAAGUACCCGGGAAGCAGCGUGAUCGGGCCACUGCGGGGGAAAAUAAAUCUUUUUUUUUUCAACCCAGACAUGGAUUGUUAAAUGUGUUCUAUCUCGAUUUUAUUUUUUUAUCUUGUGUUUUUGCCCGGUUUUUAACCUGCUCAAUGUCUCUCAUCAGUUUUUAACCUAAACAAAAUGAGGAUUUCUAGUGAUCAGUUUCUAUUGAUAUUCUCGGGCUUAUGGGGACUGACAAUGGGUGCUUUCCCAAGCAGCGUUCAGAUAGGGGGGCUGUUCAUCCGGAACACGGAUCAGGAGUACACAGCCUUCCGGCUGGCCAUCUUCCUCCACAACACCAGCCCCAACGCCUCGGAAGCCCCCUUCAACCUGGUGCCUCAUGUGGACAACAUCGAGACGGCCAACAGCUUUGCCGUCACCAACGCCUUCUGCUCGCAGUACUCUCGGGGCGUCUUCGCCAUCUUCGGCCUGUACGACAAGCGCUCGGUGCACACGCUGACGUCGUUCUGCGGGGCGCUGCACAUCAGCCUCAUCACGCCCAGCUUCCCCACCGAGGGCGAGAGCCAGUUCACCCUGCAGCUGCGGCCCUCCAUCCGGGGGGCCCUGCUGUCCCUGCUGGACCACUACGACUGGAGCAAGUUCGUCUUCCUCUACGACACCGACCGGGGAUACUCCAUCCUGCAGGCCAUCAUGGAGAAGGCGGGCCAGAACAACUGGCAGGUGAGCGCCAUCUGCGUGGAGAAUUUCAACGACGCCAGCUACCGCCGGCUCCUAGAGGACCUGGACCGGCGGCAGGAGAAGAAGUUUGUGAUCGACCUGGAGGCGGAGCGGCUCAACAACAUGCUGGAGCAGAUCGUCAGUGUGGGCAAACACGUCAAGGGAUACCAUUACAUCAUGGCUAACCUGGGCUUUAAGGACAUUAACCUGGAGCGUUUCAUGCACGGCGGGGCCAACGUGACGGGCUUCCAACUGGUGGACUUCAGCAACCCCAUGGUCAUCAAGCUGAUGCAGCGUUGGAACAAACUGGACCAGCGCGAGUACCCCGGCUCCGACGCCCCUCCCAAAUACACGUCUGCGCUGACUUACGACGGAGUGAUGGUGAUGGCGGAGGCGUUCCGGAUUUUGCGGCGGCAGAAAGUGGACCUCUCCCGGCGGGGCAACGCCGGCGAAUGUCUGGCCAACCCUGCCGCCCCCUGGAACCAGGGGCUCGACAUGGAGAGAACCCUCAAACAGGUGCGGAUGCAGGGAUUAACAGGUAAUGUCCAGUUCGACCACUAUGGCCGAAGGGUCAACUACACGAUGGACGUGUUUGAGCUGAAGAGUAACGGACCGCGACGGAUCGGCUACUGGAACGACGCAGACAAGAUGGUGCUCAUCCAGGACUCUCUCCUCUUGCCAAACGACACCUCAGGCAUGGAGAACAGGACCGUCGUGGUGACCACCAUCAUGGAAGGGCCGUACGUGAUGCUGAAGAAGAACUGGGAGCUGUACGAGGGCAACGACCAGUACGAGGGUUACUGCGUGGACCUGGCCUCGGAGAUCGCCAAGCACAUCGGCAUCAAGUACAAGAUCUCCAUCGUGCCCGACGGGAAGUACGGCGCCCGGGACCCGGAGACGAAGAUCUGGAACGGGAUGGUCGGGGAGCUGGUGUACGGGAAAGCGGAGAUCGCCUGUGGCCCCCCCCUUGACAAUCACGCUGGUCCGGGAGGAGGUGAUCGACUUCUCCAAGCCCUUCAUGUCGCUGGGCAUCUCCAUCAUGAUCAAGAAGCCCCAAAAGUCCAAACCCGGGGUGUUCUCCCUUCCUGGACCCGCUGGCCUACGAGAUCUGGAUGUGCAUCGUGUUCGCCUACAUCGGCGUGAGCGUGGUGCUCUUCCUGGUCAGCCGCUUCAGCCCGUACGAGUGGCACACCGAGGAGCCUGACGAAGGCACCGACGGUCCGCCCAGUGAUCAGCCCCCCAAUGAGUUCGGCAUCUUCAACUCCCUCUGGUUCUCCCUGGGCGCCUUCA